AUGCGUCGUCCGGACUCCACACUUAUCGCUGCUCUCGUCACUGCUCGGGCUGCGGCUGCGGAGGGCCGGGCCCGCGUGCGUGAGGCCGCUCUCGCUUGGGAACGCGAGCGCGACGCGGCCGACGCCUUGGCCCGCCAGAUCGCCGACGCCGAGCAGUUCCUCGGCCUUUCAGCCUCGCCUGACGCAGGGGGCGUCCAGAACAUCCGCCUCCUCGUCCCGGUCGUCCUCGAGCCCGAGUCGCCCUCCUAUGCUCGCUGGAGGGACUUGGUCCUCCUCACCCUCCGCCGCUACGCCCUCGACGACCACAUCCUCCUCGACACCGCGGGGGCGGUCCCAACCCCCUCGUGGCUUCGCCUCGACAGCGUCGUCCUCUCCUGGAUUCUGGGGACGAUCUCCCUGGACCUCCACGACCUCGUCCGCAACACCCCGAGCGCUCGCGGGGCCUGGCUAGCACUCGAGGGCCAGUUCCUGGGCAACGCCGAAGCCCGGGCUCUGCGGCUCGACGCGAGCUUCCGCACCUUCGUCCAGGGCGACCUCUCCGUCAGCGAGUACUGCCGCCAGAUGAAGGGUAUGGCGGACUCCCUCGGCGACCUCGGCUGGCCUGUGGAGGACCGCAUCUUGGUCCUCAACGUUCUCCGCGGGCUCAGUGACCGCUACUCCUACCUCCGGACGUGGAUCACCAGGCAGCGGCCCUUCCCCACCUUCCUGCAGGUCCGUGACGACCUUGUCAUGGAGGAGCUUACUCAGGGCCUACAGCCUGGGUCCACCUCCGCUUCGGGGUCCUCGUCGUCCUCCUCGACUGCUCUCGCUGCCACUCCUCCACCUCGUCCCGCCGCCCCACCACAGUCGUCACUUCUGGGUCCUCUUCCCCCCGGGCCGAGCGGGGGUGGGGGGGGCCGUGGCGGUCGCCGUCGUCGUGGUGGGGGACGUGGAGCAGGUCGUGGGGGCAACACGACGCCGCUGCCACCUCCACGAGGUGCACCCUGGCCAUCCUACAACCACCCAUGGUCAGGGCGCAUCUCCAUGUGGCCGUUCCAGGCUUCCGGUGGCGAGCCUCGUCCUCCGACGGCCAUGCUCGCGGGUGCUCCCCCGGGGUUCCCCUCAGCGACCCCGUGGGCGGCCCCGUUCCCCGCGUCCUCGUGGGCUACUCCUCCGACGCCCUUGCCCGGGUCUGCCGGCUGGGACCAGGCGGCCUUGGCGCCCUCCUUCAGCACCAUGGCCCUGACACCUCCAGUCGGGCCGGAGUGGGUCGCCGACUCUGGGGCUACUUACCACACCACUCCUAACCCCGCUGAUAAGAAACCCUAA